AUAUAUUAUUGUUUAAAAUAAUGCCUUCAAACUGCUGAUAAAGCCCGGUUAUUUAACCGUAAAUCAAGACUGAAACGCCAUUUUUGAAGGGCAGCCUAGAUGCCAAUUCCCCUCUAGUAGAUCUGAGAUAAACAUGGCGGACAACAUCAGACGAAUUCUCGCUGGAGAUGUCACGAAUCUACCGCGAAAGGAAUCCAACAUAGUCCGAAUAUUUACAAGCUCGACCUUCACAGAUACCACGGAAGAGAGAAAUCGCCUCAUAAGGGAUGUGUAUCCGAGCUUGCGGACUUUCUGUCAGCAACGAGGAUUAGAAUUUCAAGUGGUGGACAUGAGGUGGGGCGUGCGAGAUGAGGCUACCGCUGACCACAAAACCAACGAGCUGUGCAUGCAGGAGAUCAAGAACUGUCAAAGACUCACGCCUGGGCCAAAUUUUGUGUGUCUUUUAGGCGACAAAUAUGGCUAUCGACCAUUUCCUCACAAAAUCAAAGCAACUGAGUUUGAGAUCCUGCUAGAAGUGGCUCGAGAAACUUACGACCAGCCUGAACAUAUUGAUUUACUUCUGGAAUGGUUCUGGAAGGACACAAACACCAUCCCAGCAGAAUACGUCCUUCAGCCGAUCACUUAUCAUUUUCCUCACUACACUGACUUAGGUGAGGCGAAUGAGGAGCUGAACAGGCAGGAGAGGGACCAGUGGUGGAAGAUCUUCCAGUCGUUUCAGAGAAUUUUCAAAUGGACAGCAAGGAUCGCCACAGAAAGGAGGAAAAUUACAUUGCAACAAGCUCACAAGUAUUUCAGCUCAGUGACCGAGAAAGAAAUUGAACAUGGUAUUCUUGGUUCUUCAAGCCCUGACGACCAAACUCUUUGUUACAUACGCCACAUCUCGGAUAUCCAAGUAAAUCUUACCGACCAGAAUUCCCGAAAGUAUACCGACGUUUCCGAAGGGGAACAUGACCUCGAAGCACAAGACCUCUUGAUCAAAUUGAAACGUGACCGUUUGCUUCAGAGGCUUGGGGAGAACAACAUCACCCGCUUUGAAAUUCCUUGGAGCAACGGGGGAAUAAAUGUUUCAGACAGAAUGCACGAACAAUACCUAAACAAUUUCUGUCACAAGUUUGAAUCAGAUGUUCAGAGAUUGAUCAAAAAGAGCUUACAAAAUGCGGUAAGAGAAAAAGCGAUGGAAUCCAGCUUGUACAAAGAGGUUCUGCAUCAUGCUUGGUUUUGCCAAGACAAGUGCGAAGCAUUUAGAGGUCGGGAGGAUGUUCUUCAGAAGAUACGAACGUCAUUGAAAGACUUUGAAAAGAUCGAGCCUUUGGUAAUUUAUGGUUCGUCAGGCUCUGGUAAAACGUCCAUUAUGGCUGUUGUCGCUAAGUCGGCGAGGCAGUGGCUCGGAGAUGGCACCGUAUGUGUUUUCCGUUUUCUCGGUACUUCCCCUGACAGUUCAUCGAUUCGAUUCACAAUAACAAGUAUAUGCCUCCAAAUAUGUAAAGUAUACAGUUUAGAGGCACCAAAGGGCGAUAUUUUAGAAGAUUUUUCUCAAUUAGUACGAUUUUUUCACGGUCUUGUCACUCGUUUGCCUGUCAGUGCUGCUAAGCCAUUGGUUCUUAUCUUGGAUUCGAUAGACCAGUUGUUUGCAACAAAAAAUGCUCAUUUAAUGAACUGGCUCCCCAAAAAGUGCCCACAGUUUAUCAAGAUUGUAAUUUCGGUACUACCAAAUUAUCACCAAAUUCUAUCAAAUCUGCGCCGAAGUCUUCCCAUAGAGAGAUGUUACAUUGAAGUCCCAUUCCUCACCAUCGAAAUGGGCAAGGAGAUUUUAGAAGCCUGGCUCCAAGGAAUUGGGAGAACCUUGACACAGGAACAAUUCGAGUUGGUCUUAUCAAGUUUCGCCAAAUGCCCUCAACCUUUGUUUCUUAAGCUGAUAUUCACAGAGGCAUCAAGAUGGGAUUCUUAUACAGAUGUCACUGGGCUGGAUCUUGGAGGUGAUGUUCGCCAAGCCAUUCAACUUCUGUUCCAACGCCUGGAACGAAAACACGGCAAGACACUCACUUCGCGCGCCCUUAGUUACAUUACAGCUGGUAGAAAUGGUAUCACUGCAAACGAGCUAGAAGAUGUGUUGUCACUGGACGAUGACGUCAUAGACGACGUUUAUCAGUAUUGGGAUCCUCCUGUUGAAGGUGUUGUCCGCUUGCCGAACCUAUUGUGGGCACGUAUACGUCAUGACAUCGAAGAAUUCUUAACAGAGCGACAGGCAGAUGGAAAAACUGUUAUCGCCUGGUACCAUCGACAGUUCUGGGAGGCUGCACAGAGCCAUUACUUGUCAAAACCCGACGAGAAGCAGGCCAGACAUUUAUUACUCGCAGAGUAUUUUGAAGGAAGAUGGGGCGGAGGCCGUAAGAAGCGCAUCACCCUGACGCACAGAAAGAAAACACUGCCUGACGCAGACAGACAAGUCUCCAGUCAGCCUCUCAUGUUUAGUAAGAGUGUGUUUAACUUGAGGAAGCUGAGCGAAAUGCCAAUUCAUCUCAUUUACUCUGGUCUCAGUGACAGAUUGGCCAGUGAAGUGUUGUUCAAUUUUGAGUGGAUCUACGGAAAAGUGCGUGGUCAGUCUCUGAGUGAGGUCUUAGAGGAUUACGUCGUUGCUUUGGAAGUGAGGCCUGACCUGGAUGUAAGGUUUGUUCAUGACACGCUCAUCCUGGCAUGGAGCAACAUCAAGCAGGAUGUGGAUUGCCUGGCGACUCAGCUUCUAGGAAGACUCCUCACCUUCAGAGAGCAAUUUCCACGCAUCGCCGAUCUUAUUACGCAAUGUUACUGCUGGUGUGAUGCACAGCGGUCUCCUCUCUUUAUUCCCCAAUGCGCCUGCCUAAUCUCAGCCGGUGGACCGCUAAAAACCAAUUUGCGCGGGCACGAGCAAAGAGUAAACGAAAUCGCCGUUACAAGGGACGAUAAAUUUAUUGUCACUUCAGGCGAGGAUUCGCUCAUCAAUGUGUGGAACAGCAGUAAUCUAGAUUGCCUUCACACACUAAAAAUGGCAGACAAAGGGCCAAGUUGCCUUGUUUUAUCCUUAGAUGAUAAGUACGUCAUUGGCUCUGCCAUCGCGAGCAUAGGAGUAUGGGACAUCGAUUCGGGGGAAGCUGUACAGCGGUUUCACAAUGAAGGGGUAGUCACGUGUUUAGCGACUGGUUUCGACGGGGCUUAUGUUGUUACGGGCGGAGAUGAUGGGAUUGUUCGAGUGUGGAAGACAUUCUCUGGAACGAAGGAGAAAACCCUAAGCGGCCAUGAAGGACCAAUCAACGCUAUCGCUAUAUCACCGAAUGAUGAAAUCAUCACUGGCUCCAAUGAUAGCACGCUAAGGGUGUGGUCGCUCAGCUCUGGAGAAUGCCAGGCUGUGUAUGACGGUCAUAUGAGCUCUGUUCUCUGUCUGGUGUUAACAUGUGAUGGAGAAAGCGUCAUAUCUGGCUCGGAAGACAAAACUGUCAAAGCCUGGCAUCUAAAGACGAAGAGUUGUGUUACCUUUAAAGGCCAUUCAGGCUUGGUGAAAUGUCUUGCUUGUAUGAAGGAUGGUCGGCGAAUUGUAUCUGGAUCAAAGGAUGAGUCACUGAAGAUCUGGGACCUAGUCACUUUGCAAUGUUGUGUCACUCUGAAAGGUCACUCAAACGCUAUCUGGCGUGUGGCAGUUGCCUCGGAUGACAGUUUUAUUGUAUCUGCUUCUAAGGAUGACACGUUAAAAGUCUGGAAUCCAGCCACAGGUGAAUGCCAACAGACACUGAUUGGGCACUCAUCUUGGAUAUCCUGCGUUUCCAUAACAACGGAUUGCAAAACAAUAAUUUCCGGAUCAAAUGACAAAAACGUCAAACUUUGGUAUGCCGCGGGAAAUGAGCAUGCGUGUGACAUUUCCACAGCUGGUGAUCGCAUCCUUCAUCGUGCUAAUCUGCCUGAAUGUGUUGCCAUUACAACAGACGGGCAUUGGGGGCUCUCUGGCUCAAAGAAUGACUCUUUAAAGCUUUGGGAUAUCUCUAGCACCAGGUGUAUCAAGAGUGUCUCUGGUUCAAUUGCGUGCAUCUUCGCAUUGCACAACUCCACCCGAGUGGUAACUGGCAUGCACAAUGGAGAGAUCACCAUUUGGAACUGCAGCACUCUGCAGGUCGAGAAAACGUUUAAAGUUCACCAGGGCAGUGUGGUAUCGAUAAAAGUAUCCAAAGAUGAUAGCUUUGUUGUGUCAGCAUCGAGUGACAACACGGUAGGUCUCACCCAAAUUAGUGAAGGCCAUGCAGGGCAACUUACUGGCCAUUCAGACGCUGUGCUAUGUGUAUCUCUUUUGAGUGGAGAAGAUUAUGCCAUCUCAGGAUCCAAAGAUAAAACUGUCCGUUUGUGGAACUUGAAAACAAUGAAUUGCGAGAGGUCCUUUGAGGGACAUACUGGACCUGUCGGCUGCCUGGCAUAAACGACUGACAACAGGAACAUCGUAUCAGGCUCCGAGGACUUCAAACUCAAGGUUUGGAGCAUUCAAAACGGAGACUGCUUGCAUACUUUAGAAGGUCAUAACGCCUCUAUCAAAUGUAUAGCAAUCACCGAAGACAAUCUAUUUGCUGUUGCUGGCUCCCACGAAGGAAAAGAGCAGCUUUUAUUAUGGAACUUAAAGACGGGGGACCGCGCGAGAAGCUUCAUCGGACACAUCCAUGCUGUGAUGCACCUCAAGAUUCUUCCACGAGACAUGAUGGUGACAAGCUCUCGAGAUGGUACCAUAAAACUUUGGAACAUUGUCAGUGGAAAAAUGAUCAACUCUUUCGAUUUUCAGUCGCAAGUGAAAUACUUUGUCCUUCAUCCAGUUGAUGGUGGUUACUCAGUGAUGCUGGCCACGCAGUCUGGUACGGUCUCUAUUUUGAAGCUCCAGCUCAGUAAAGAGGUUAUCGAAGAAAGUUCAGCAAUGCCGACACACAAUGUUUGCGAUACACUCGACGAGGAAAGCUCUGCUACAAAAGCAACACCUUACGAGGAAGCUCGUUGUUCCUUCUGCGGAAACACCAAUUGCUGCCGACAUUGCGCCCUCAUGUGAUUUAACAGAACAAGCCAGAAUGUAGCUCUGGAAUACAAAGUUUCGUAGUGACACUGAAA